AUGGCGGACGGGAACUACCCCCCUACUGGAAAGUGGACCACUGGCUGCUGCGGCUGCUUCGAAGACUGGAAUUCGUGCUGUUGCGUUAUGUGGUGUCCGUGUGUCGCCAUUGGCCGAAUUGCUGAGAUUGCGGAUAUCACAGAAGUUGAUGGCACAGAUGCGUGCCUUUAUUACUACUUAAUUCAAGCAGGGGGGUGCGGGUGUCUGUACUCCUUGGGAUUCCGAAAGAAGCUGAGGUUGAGGUAUGGCCUUCCAGCGAAACCCUGUGGCGACUUCUGGAUGCAUUGGUGCUGCCGCUACUGCUCUGUAUGCCAGGAGUAUCGUGAGCUCAAAAACCGCGGCUGGGACCCAUCUAUUGGUUACUCGGCAAACAAGAACAGCCCAAUCGUCCUCGAGCUAGGCAGAAUGGAGGACAAGGCCUAUCCCCCUACUGGUGAAUGGAGCACUGGCUGGUGCGGCUGCUUCGACGACUGCAACUCGUGCUGUUGCGUUUUCUGGUGCCCCUGUGUCGCCAUCGGCCGAAUUGCUGAGAUUGCUGAUGCUGGAGAAGCUGAUGCCACCCAGACGUGCCUCUUUUGGUACUUGAUUGAAGCCUUUUCCCGUUGCGGGUGUCUAUAUUCCAUGGGAUACCGAAAGAAGCUGCGGAUGAAGUAUGGCCUUCCAGCGAAACCCUGUGGCGACAUCUGGAUGCACUGGUGCUGCUCCCUCUGUGCUGUAAGCCAGGAGUAUCGCGAGCUCAAGAACCGCGGCUGGGACCCUGUCAUUGGCUACUCGGCAAACAAGAGCAGAUCUCCCCCUCCGCAGCAGUUCAUGCAGGGUUGA